GGGCGUAUUUAUACGCAUUUAUUUGGGGGAUUUUUCUAUGUUUUCUGUGUUUAAUUUGUAUUAAAUAUCAUCUUUAGGAUAUGAUUAUGAUCUUAUAUGUAUUUUGAUGGUAUUUGAUAGGUUUUGGAGAAAAAUAUUUGAUUUUGAGAAGAAUUUUGAAGCUUGAGGCUGUGGAGAAUAGAACCUGAAUUGCUGUUUGAAUUGCAACUAUUGAAGACAAAAUUUGUCGAGAAGAGGGGAUGAAUUGCAACUGUUUGAAUUGCAACUAUUGAGGCUGUGGGCCUGUGCGCCACUUUAAUUUGACUAGAUUAGUUUUAUUGUUAGCUAGGGCCUUAUUCACGCCACUUUAAUUUGACUAGAAUUAGGUUUAGACUUUUUUUUAACUUAUAUAUAUAUAUUAGUAUUAGUUGGAACAUCAACAAGUCAGAUAUCAUAAUUCAGACGGCACUUUGGGAGGAAAAUUGUGGAUGCAAUUUUGGAUUCUCAAUUCAAACUUUAAUUAGAGAAAUUCUCGCCAGUCCCUUGGGAGACGAUUUUGCUUACUGCUGUCUGCGCAGUGUGGGCAUACCGGCUGACUGCCGGAUAUUUUUUGUGUAAAACGACCCACCAAAUUUUGGCGCCGUUGCCGGGGAUUGGUUUUAAGCAGGAUUUUACUGAUUUCAGUCUGUCUUUUAUUUUUAGUUAUUUUAUUUUUAGUUUAUGCCCCGUUCUUCUCGUACAGGCGUAUUAGUUUUUGAUCCAGAAAUCGAGAAGACCGCACGAAAGUUGAAGAAGCAAGCUAAGGAGUGGAAAAAGAGAUCCAAUUCUGCUCCACCGAGUCUUGAGGAUCAAGAAGAAAUUGAAGAUCCAAUGGGUGACCGUAAUAAUAGGGAUGAGGAGAACGAUAGAGAGAUCGUUGAUCCUCGACAGGAACCACCUCAACUGAUCAGAGAGUUAGGCCGUCAUAGAAGCAAUCUCCCUUUGUGCAUUGUCCUUCCUGCCAUUAAUGGCAACGCUGAAAUACGGCCUGGUUUCAUUCAAGUGCUACCCAAAUUCGGUGAUUUACCUGGAGAGAGUGCACACAAGCAUCUGGCUGAAUUUGAUCUAGUUUGCUCAACUCUACGCCCUCAUGGUUUUACUGAAAAUAAUUUGAGGCUAUUGACUUUUUCUCAUACUUUGCAGGGUAGAGGGAGAGAUUGGCUUUUUGAUCUUCCUCCUGGUUCGAUUAGAACUUGGGGAGAUUUAGAAGAACAAUUCUUGCGAAAAUUCUUUCCUGAGUCCAGAGCUGCAAAUUUGAGAAUGGCCAUUAGCAGCAUUAAACAGAAGAAGGCGGAGAGUCUAGCCGAUUAUUGGGAGAGAUUCCAAUAG